UUCGCGCUUCCUCGUCAUUUUACUCUUCGUCUUGCUUUCGCUGCUGACCCUAGACACAAUUUUGCUUUGAUGCGUUCGCAAUUCUGUUGCAGCAUAUGCUCUUACGAAAUCGUCUUAGGCGAGACGAGAAGAUCGUCUUCAGGCUCAAGCUACAGCAGUUCCGUGAUCGAAUUUGGCAGAGAGCACACGGCGGUCGCGGUGAAGCGGUUCAUCGUCGAUUGGGGUUUGAUCGGAGCGCGAAGGAGAGUUUCGUAAUUAGGGGUCUCGGUUGGGCGAUAAUUAGACCGCAGAGUGGAGGACGGAUUCGGGUAUGGCAGGAUCUUUGCCUGUUGUCACGCUCCCGGGCGAGGAUCCGGAGAGCGGGGGAGAGGGUGAGGUAUGCGCGGAGGAUAUUGUGGUGGUGCGGGAGGUCAUCGUGGAGGAGUUGCCAAUUGCGGAGGGGUUAUGCCCUGAAGAGGAGUUUAUCUCUUUGCCUGUUGUGACCGAACCGGAGGCUUCUGAUGAUGUGACUGCGGUCGGGAGUGGGAAGGAGGAGGAGGAGGAAGAGUAUCCGCAAGGAGAGUCGGUGACGAGAAUUGCACCUUGCCCGCCGCGGGAAGGAAUUAAUACUGACCCUGGAGUUCACCCUGUGACAGUGCCGCCUGUGGUGCCUGUAGAGGACGUGCCUCCGGACGAGACCAUCACCCCGGAGAUGGUUGGGAAAUUCUAUGAAGAGGGGGAAGAGGGCGUGGAGGAAAUGGAGAGCGGUAGUGAAGAUGGAAAUGGACGUGGUGGUAGGGAUGGUGCGGCGGAGACCAUGGACAAUGGGGAUGAAGGGGGUGAGGUUGUGAUCGAGGACGCCAUGGUGCGAAUCGUGACGGAUGCCGUGAAGGUGGAAGAGGUGUUGUCGGGUAAUGGAUCGGUUGCCGCGGUGGAGUCUGGUGGAGAGGAUGUUGAUAGGAAGCGUAUUCGAGGCGAAGAUGAGGAGGAUGCAGUGAAGAAAGUCAAAUCGGACGUUGGGGAGGGGGACAGAGUGGAAGGAAUGCAGGAGGAUCAAUCUGUAGAGCCGAAAAAGCUUGGACCGAAGGUUUUUAAUACUGCCGUUGAGAUGUUUAUUUACUUCUACGAUCUGCUCCACGAAUGGACUCUCAAUUUGAGCGUGAACAAGUACGAAUAUAUGGUUCUUAGUGAGCUCGUCGCUCAAGGCAAUCCGCAAAAGAUAGGAGACGGAAUCGCUGCGUUUCAAAUCCGUAAUCACCCUCAAUGGAAGAGCAGAUGCUACUAUCUGAUCCGCAAAGAUGGCUCUGAGGAAGACUUCAGUUAUCGAAAGUGUGUUGACGCUUUGAUGCCCCUGCCAGCUAGUAUUUACAGGCCAAAUGGCGAGUUGGAUAUUGAAAAACUUUUCUCAGGGCAGAAGAGUCGACACCGUGGAGAACGGAAAAUACAGAAAUGGGAAGGCUACAGAGAUGGUAGAGAAGGUAGAGGCGGAGGCCGUGGAUACGGUGGAAGAGGUGGUGGAGGCAGGGGUGGAAGAGGAGGUCGCAGAGGUGGUCGUGGAAGAUGGUGAUUACUGACGACAUGCAGUAUAUAUGUGCCGUGAACUCAGGACCUGCUCGCAUGUGCAAAGCACUUGGUUCGAAGAAACUUGUAGUGCACAGAUGGUCCUGUGAGUGAGCAUCGCAAAUUAUGAUCGAUCUGCUCUAAAAUUUUAUUGAGUGGUGGUCAGAUGCUUGUGCCGCAUUUAACACAUGCCACCUGCUAAACUUCCUUGCCAGAAGUUUCUACCUACUCUUGGGUAGAGUAAAUACAGUGUUGGUGGUGCUAAAGUUUGCCUUGCGCAAUCUGCUUUCAAUUCUUAGUAGCAGAUAAUUCUACCUCAUACCAGUCUCAACUUAGGAUACCAAGUAUUUUGGCAUUGCCAAAAGAGAAUUUUUGACAACUAGACGAGUGACUGAUAACUGUCGUCUUGAGGAAGAGCUCAAUCCCGAAGAGUCAUAUUUCAUAAAUGACUCAUUAUUACUUUGACUCCAUUGUUCAAAACAACUUGUAAUCGUAUCUCGUUAAGCAUUUGUUACGAGUACGUCUAGGUUCAGUGAU